UCUACCCCCGGGUCGAGUUUGACUACGACAAGAUUCCCCCCAAGCCUGCAACGGAACCGCCCCUGCCGACUUCCGCCGCCGCUCGCAAUCACGUGCCCAAUCCCUACGUCAAUACGACUCUCACGCACGACCGGAUCCAAGAAAUCCGUAAUCGCAGUACCCUGACCCCCGCGCAGCGGAACGACAUUGACUACCCACAACCGGUGGACCUGUACCCCACGGACUUUCCGUACUAUGUGCGGGGUCGCGACAGUCUGCGGACCUACAUCACGAAGCUGUUUACGUCGCAGAUUGCCAUUUACGACGGGGCCAUGGGCACCAUGAUCCAGAACUACGCCAAGAAGAACCGACUAGACGAGGAAGAGUACCGGGGCGAGCGAUUCCGCGACUGGAACUGCGCCGUCAAGGGCAACAACGACAUGCUCAGCAUCUCGCAGCCCCACAUCAUCAAGGGUAUCUACAUGCAGUACCUGGAAGAGGGCGGCAGCAACAUGAUUGGGACCAACACGUUUUCCUCCACCACCAUUGCUAUGGCGGACUACCAGAUGGAAGCGUACGCGUACGAGCUGAACUACGUGGGCGCUCGGUUGGCGCGGGAGGCCUGCGAUGAAGUGACGGCCAAAGACCCUAGUAAGCCGCGUUUCGUGGUGGGAGCCAUUGGACCCACGAAUCGUACGUGUUCGAUCUCGCCGUCGGUGGAGGACCCCGCGGCACGCAACGUGACGUUUGACGAGCUGGUAGAGACGUACCUGGAGCAGGUGGUGGGUCUGGUGGACGGCGGUGCCGACGUGCUCAUGGUGGAGACCAUCUUCGACACGUUGAACGCCAAGGCGGCGUUGUACGCGAUCGGAGAGUUUCUGGAGUUUAGCGGGUUGGACAUUCCCGUGUUUGUGAGCGGCACACUGGUGGACCAGUCGGGUCGUACACUGUCGGGACAGACGGGCGAGGCCUUUUACGUUUCGAUCCGGCACGCCAAGCCGAUGUGUGUGGGCUUGAACUGUGCGUUGGGCGCCAAGCACAUGGUACCCUUUGUGGAGCGCUUGAGCAAGGCGGCCGAGUGUUUUGUGCACGUGUACUCGAACGCGGGUCUGCCCAACGCCAUGGGCGGGUACGACGACACGCCGGAAGACAUGGCGCGCGAGAACGAGGUGUUUUUCGAGAACGGCUGGUUGAACAUGGUCGGAGGGUGCUGCGGGUCCACGCCGCCGCACAUCAAGGCCAUCCGCGAGACGGCAGAGCGGUACCAGCCCCGCAAGCUGCCGGAUGUGGGCCGGCCCAAGAUGUGGCUGUCGGGGCUGGAGGACCUGAAGGUGGAGGACGUGCACAACCAGCUGGGUUUGCCGUUUCUGAACGUGGGCGAGCGGUGCAACAUAGCCGGGUCGAUCAAGUUCAAAAAGCUCAUGAUGAAGGGCGAUUACGGCGCGGCCAUGGACAUUGCGAAGCAGCAGGUGGAGGACGGCGCGCACGUGAUCGACAUCAACGUGGACGACGGUAUGCUGGAUGGCCUAGCGGCGAUGCAAAAGUUUGUGAAGAUCGCGGUGACGGAACCGGAGAUUGCCAAGGUGCCGUUCAUGCUGGACGCGUCCAAGUUUGACAUUGUCAUGGCGGGUCUCAAGUGGUGUCAGGGCAAGUGCAUUGUGAACUCGAUUUCGCUCAAGGUGGGCGAGGAGCUGUUUAUGGAGCAGGCCACGUUGCUGAAGAAGCACGGCGCCGCGGUGGUUGUCAUGGCCUUUGAUGAGCAGGGUCAAGCGGCCACGGAAGACGAGAAGAUCCGUAUCUGCAAGCGGUCGUACGACGUUCUGGUGAACAAGGUGGGUUUCCCACCGGAGGACAUUGUGUUCGACCCGAACGUACUGACGAUUGGUACGGGUAUGGAAGAGCACGCGAACUACGGUGUGGAUUUUAUCAAUUCUGUGAAGCGCAUCAAGGAGGAGUGUCCGUACGUGAAGAUUAGUGGGGGUAUCUCGAACUUGUCGUUUGGCUUCCGGGGUGUGACGAAGAUCCGGGAAUCGAUCCACGCGGUGUUCUUGCACCACGCUAUUACCGAGUCGGGCAUGGAUGUUGGCAUCGUGAACUCGCACGAGCUACUGUCCGUUGAUGACUUGGAACCCGAUAUGAAGCUUUUGUGCGAAAACCUUGUAUUCAAUAAGACUCCCGAUGCCACAGAUGAUAUGCUUGAACGUACAAACUUCGAGCGAUCCAAAGGUGGAGUUGUGGACGAGGUCAAAAAGUCUUCCUGGCGCGAUCUUGAACCGUCCAAGCGACUGGAGCAUUCAUUGGUGAACGGUAUUUCCGAAUUUGUCGAUUCAGACGUCGAAGAAGCUCGCGUGUUGGCCACCAAGCCACUAGAUGUAAUUGAGGGACCCUUAAUGGACGGCAUGAACGUUGUCGGGGACUUGUUUGGAGCGGGAAAGAUGUUUCUACCACAAGUCAUCAAGUCUGCACGGGUCAUGAAAAAGGCAGUCGCCUAUCUGUUACCGUUUAUGGAUGCAGAGAAGAGGGAAAAUAUGAUUGCGGCUGGCUUGGAUCCAGAUGACGUUGAUCCUGAUGACGACUCGAAUUACGCUGGCAAAGUGCUGAUGGCCACAGUCAAGGGAGAUGUUCAUGACAUUGGAAAGAAUAUCGUCGCUGUUGUCCUUGGAUGCAACAACUAUAAAGUUUACGACAUUGGUGUAAUGUGCUCGUGUGAAAAAAUUCUCGCCAAGGCUAAAGAAUACAAUGUCGAUGUGAUUGGUCUCUCUGGAUUAAUUACUCCUUCCUUGGACGAGAUGGUUGAUGUUGCCAAAGAAAUGUCCAAGCAAGGUUUCAAGCAACCCUUGCUGAUUGGUGGCGCCACUACUUCCAAGAUGCACACAUCCGUGAAGAUUGCUCCGAGCUACACAACCCCCGAGCACCCAACAAUUCAUGUUCUGGAUGCGUCUCGUUCCGUAACGGUGGUCAACUCUCUUUUGGGAGAGAACAAGGGAGAGUUUGUGGAGGAUAUUAUGGAGGAGUACGAAGAAAUGCGUGAAGAUUACUAUGCAGGGCUCGAGGACCGCAACUUUUUAACUUUUGAGAAGGCCAAGGAGCAAAAGAUUACGAUCAACUUUGAUCAAUCACCGGUUGCAGACACUCCAAACAAAAUCGGCAUAACCGUCAUUGAUACGGUCAAGAUUUCGGCGGUUGUUCCUUACAUUGAUUGGAAUCCAUUCUUUCAGACGUGGGAGCUGCGUGGUCGAUACCCGAAUCGAGGCUAUCCCAAGAUUUUUAACGACGAAGCGGUCGGAGGCGAAGCCAAGAAACUUUUCCAUGAUGCGCAGACGAUGCUGAAUCAAAUCUGCGAGGACGGCUCCAUGACGUUGAAGGGAGUUGUCGGUAUCUUCCCGGCGAACCGUAGUGAGGAUGGCGAGGAUGUGCACGUUUAUGAGACGGAAGCCGAUCGCGAAUCAGGAAAUGUGUCGACUACGUUCUGUAUGUUGCGCCAGCAAGCCGAGAAGGAGUCCGACGACCCGUAUUUGUCCCAAGCCGACUUUGUCGCCCCCGCGGGUUACAAGGAUCACUUGGGUAUGUUUGCUGUUUCUUGUUUUGGUUGUGACGCUCUAGUGAAGAAGUUCGAAUCCGAGAACGACGACUAUUCCAAGAUUAUGGCACAAGCUUUGGCGGAUCGUUUCGUCGAGGCGUUUGCCGAGUACGUGCACCGCGAGAUGCGUCUGGAUCUCUGGGGAUACGCGGCUGGCGAACAAUUGAACGAGUCCGAUUUGCUCAAGGUGAAAUACGACGGUAUUCGCCCCGCUCCGGGUUACCCGUCGCAGCCGGACCAUACGGAAAAACGCACAAUGUGGAAUCUCCUGCAGGCGCAGGAACUGGCCGGCAUUGAAUUGUCGGAAUCGCUGAGCAUGAUGCCGGCGUCGUCCGUUUCGGCGUUGGUCUUUGCGCACCCCGAGUCCGAGUACUUUGCCGUGGGCCAAGUGGGUAAAGAUCAGGUAACGAAUUACGCGUCACGCAAACAGAUGGAUUUGGCACUCUGCGAACGAUGGCUGUCUCCUAUUCUUAAUUACGAACGAGAUUAAAACCCUGUAAGGUGUCGAGAGAAAAAAGCCGUCGGUGAUAUAUUGCAAUAAUCCAUGGUAUAAUUAUGC